CGACCGCGUUCCGAUAUAUGUGCCGCUCCCAUUUCCAUACCAGUAAUGAGAUAGCCUGUAGUUAAGCCCAAGAUUACGCAACUCAAUCAUGUUUGUCGGAGACCGAAAUGAAAUGCCCCCCGCAGUCGAGCUAACACAAAUGAAACACCAGGUGGAAGUGAGGGGCCCCGAAGACGAUUGGACAGGCAUCACCAAUGCAGCUGAACGAAGAAAGCUGCAAAACCGUUUACAUCAGAGGACCUACAGAAGACGACGUGCGGCUAAACCAAGUACGCCGAAUUCAAAGAAUAAUGAACGCCCUGCCGCUGUGAUAUCGCCACAGACAACUCGCCUUUGUGGCAAAUUCAGAGGCCUCAUUGCUGCCGUUGAACAUAUAAUCAAGGCGCAAUAUGAAGAUGGCAAUCCUCAAAGACCUCGCAGCACCCAAUCUAGGUUACUAGGUGCUGUGGCCAGCAAUGAUCGGUUGAUAGAACACAGCCCGCUUAGUAUAAGUCGGGGUCAACUUGAAGUUAUUAUGGCCAAGUUCGAAGAGAUGGCUUAUCGAGAUUAUAUGUUAGGCUCACCACGAGUUGAUCAGCUUCUCACACUCAUUCAAUUUAAUGUCUUCCGUGCUCUCAUUAGCAAUACUCGCACCAUGGGAUGGUCUCUGGGAUGGCUCGAAAGUUCCGAUGAUAUAUUAUCCCCGUGGAAUAAUCAUCCCAAAAACAUCGAGCCUCAAUGUCCACAAGCCCUGCGCCCGACCGACCUCCAACGAACAAUUGAGCAUCAUCCAUGGAUUGAUCUCUGGCCUAUACCAAUGAUGAGGGAUAACCUACUGCUAGCUGGGGAUUCCUAUGAUGAAGAUCAGUUAUGUAAUGAUUUAGUGGAGUUCGAAGAUAUUCCGAACGAGCAGACAGGUCUCACUGUUUGGGGUGAACCUUGGGAUCCCGCAGGUUGGGAGGUUAGUGACACCUUCUUGAGGAAUUGGGGCUGGACCGUUAAGGGAUGCAUAGAAUUGCAGAAGUCAACGAAUUAUUGGCGCGCGAGGCGUGGCGAGGAACCUUUGGUCUUUAAUUUUUGAACAACGACCCUAUGUCUAUAGGAGAAGGAAAAAUGGCGCGCUUACAAGGGGAUGGGUGAUUAGCUUUCAAAUAAGCGG